CACGUGAUUUGCGCUGUCACAUGAUCGUAUGGAGUCGCUUGCUUUAAUCGUGACCAUUAGGAUAAUGUAGGCGUUUGACGGCUUCGAACACGCUUAGCGUUUUAUGGCAGCGCCUUCAGUAAAUUGCGGAUGGCUUCUGCUGCUUAUAUAUAUUGCUUACGGGUCCUCGGAGAACGAAGAUUUCUGGAGCCCAUUAAACGCUGACAUCCUGUUGCCAUACGGUCCCGGGGGGGCACACGGACCCUCUCACUCCCAUCGCUAUGUAAGGGACUGUCAGUCCGUCACCCACGGCAACGUCACCUAUGAGACCUGGCCCAGCAACAGGGAUGCCCACGCUCCGGUGGCAGAAACGAAGUUGUUCGUUUCCCCCAUCAGAAUUGGGCAUUGUGUCCAGGGUCAUGUGACCGUCGUCAGCAACCCGCUGCAGACCUUCUCCGUGCUGGAACCUGGGGGGGCAGGUGGCUGUGGGAAGCCCCUCACGGAGACGGUGACCCGCACCGCAGGGACCAGGCGAUGCCUCUACGCCCAAAAUGGUGGUUUCUUCAACACAAGUAACAAUCGCUGCCUUGGGAACGUGGUGAGCGACGGGACACUGGUCCAGAACAGUGGGGGAAUCCAAAAUUCUCAGUUUGGGAUCAAGAAAGAUGGGACUUUAGUGUUUGGCUACCUGUCUCAGGAGGACGUCCAGGGUGAUGCUAACCCGUUCGUGCAGCUGGUGAGCGGCGUGGUGUGGCUUCUGAGGAAUGGUAAGGUGUACAUAAAUGAGAGCAUGGAGGCGGAAUGCAGCAAGACCCAGGAGACGGGGUCAUUCAACAGGUUUGUAAACGUGGUUUCCGCCCGAACAGCCCUGGGGCACGACAAGGAGGGACGACUCGUUCUGUUCCAUAUCGAUGGGGAGACGGAUAAUCGGGGGAUGAACUUGUGGGAGGUCGCUGAAUUCCUCCAGAGGCAGGGAGUGGUCAAUGCCGUCAACCUUGACGGGGGCGGCUCCUCCACCUUCGUGGCCGGUGGCUCGCUUGCCAGUUACCCCUCAGACUCCUGCCACCCGUACCUCGAUGGCACCCGGUGGAGGUGCCCGCGUGCCGUCUCCACGGUGCUCUGCGUGCACGAGCCGCCGUGCCAGCCCGAGGACUGCGGCGGACGUGGCUCCUGCAUCGGCGGGCGCUGCGUGUGCCACAGCGGCUGGGCGGGGCCGGCGUGCCGAUCCCCCUCGUGCCAGCAGUCCGCGUGUGGAGACCACGGCCUGUGCACGCAGUAUGGAUGUGCCUGUGAUGCAGGCUGGAUGGGGACCAACUGCAGCCAAGUGUGCCCUCCAGGUUUCUAUGGCGACGGCUGCAACCAGACAUGCACCUGCACCAACGGGGGUGUGUGCGACCCAGUCCAUGGAAGGUGCUCCUGUCCCGCCGGGUUCCAAGGGGAAGCCUGCGAGCAAGAGUGUCCGCUGGGCUUCUAUGGCCUGGGAUGUAAGCGGGAGUGCCACUGUCCCAACAAGUGCCUGUGUGACCCGGUGAAGGGGAGCUGUAACGUCACCUGGCACGGGGAGAGAAACCAGACCAUCCACACAGCCAGUCAUUGCCUUGCCAGGGAGCUGCUGAAGACUUGGCAAGAGGAGGUUGAGGCCCACAGGGUCACGCCGUACUUCACAGAGAGGACCUGGCUAACCAUCACCGUGGUUCUGGGUAUGUUGCUCCUGGCCAGUGCUGUGGGUAACGUGAUCCAAGUGUCCAGAAAGCCCGGAACCGCUGGGUUUCGGGCCACGUACUCCUACGUUCCCCUGGCCGAGAUGACAGCCGAGAUGGACUAUGAAGAUCGGCCUGAUGAAAGCAAACGUGCAGCGAUGGAUUCCUCCAUUUCCUACUAACCCCAGCAUCCAGCCAGUCAAGGGGUGUGUUGGCAGGUGGGAUGGGGCGUCGUGGGCCGGUUCCGUCUCUCAGGGUCUGCAAGCAAGGCUUGAACCAAAUUCUGAAAGCUAAAUGUAUCACCUUCAAAAGUUUUUUUUAAAAAAUGUAUUUGCAUCAGAGGGCUAGAUGGGGCAUGUUGAGGCUUGUUUGGGCAAGUUGUUUCUCUGCAGGCCCAUUGUGGUUUUGCCUGCAAGGCGGCGCCAUGACCUUACGAAGCCCCGUCAGGACGGCCGCUGUGGCUUUCCGGCUGCUCGCCCACGGCCUGCCACGUUGGCGCCGGGCACCAUAUGCCCGCUCUCCCGCUGUUCCGUGGGAGAUGGCGGAAAUGGACCCGGGUUCUGAUAGUGUUCUCAUGUUCUGCUUUUUGCUGCCAGUAUUUAAUGCUUCGCUACACGUACAUGGCGGCAUGGAGGUUUUUCUUUACUGAUCUUCAACAAUCCAGUUUACCUGCUGUCAGCACUGCAUUUUGUGCAGUCACUGUGUGGCUGAAGGUGGCACAUGGGUGCCAUUUUUAUGGAUUUGUCAGGUGUUUGUGCUUUCUACUCAGGCAGGACUUAAAGUCAAAGUCCAGAUGGUGUCAUUGUGUCAUUGUGAUGGUCUCUCAUUUUGUCAUCAUACCACGAUGUGGUUUAUGAGCCUUCUGUAUAUAAACGAUGUAGACACAGGAUUUCCUUUUGCUGGGGGGGGGGGCAGACUGUGUCUUGUGUAUGGAAACCAUUCUGGCAAUGAUUUGGCGUCUCCGGCCUUUGCAUGUUGAGAACUCUUUAAAGUACACUUACAAGUUUGAGUAAAAAAAAAUGCAUUCAUGAGUUUUCUCCUGCAAAGAGUACAAUGCAUUGUCAACACUUCUAGCAAUUAUUCGGUACAAUAAAACCGGUCGCAUUCUGUUUUGCUUUGGGCACUUUUAUGCCCUUGUAAUUGUUUACAUAUUUUUAUAUGUACUUAUUUUAUAUAUUCUAUAUGGGCGUGUUAGAAUGUAGGGUUAUUUGAAUACUGUUCUACCAUGACUGUGUACAGGAA